UCCCUGGAGCUGUUGGACACAACCGUGAAUAUGGAGGCCGGAGCGUUGGACACAAGCAGCAACGUUUCAGCAGAAGGAGACAAUCUGAUUCCAGACUCAGACCUUUAUGAUGUGGACAGCUAUGACACCCCAGAUCCAGGGUUGCUGUUGGAAAAGAAUGAGUUGUACUUUCGGGAGCCACCACAGGUCCAGCAGCUCUAUACCAGCAGCCAGCGAUGGCAGGACAUGACUUUACAGACUCGCGCCCGCCAGCUGUGGCUGCUCUUACGCACAGGCCUCCACGAUCUUGUGGAAAAGGUGAAGACAACUGAAAUGCACGUGGCUCAUCUGACGCACGGGCUGGAGCCACUGCGCCGCCUAGAGGUAGCAGCCGGCCUGCACUCGGUGGCACAGGACCCAGAAGGCGAGCGCUUUGUGGUGCUGGACGGCGCAGGACACCUGCACCUGCAUAGAAAGGACGGCUGGGCACAACAGAAGUUGCAGGCCCCCGUAGCACUUACGGGUCUGGUGGCUGUGCCAGGACCUCUGGGAGCUGUGGGCCGAUUUGUAGGCUGGGGUCCUGCUGGGCUAGCCAUACUGGGGCCAAGCCUCCGCCUGCUGUGGCUGAGCCAGCUAGGGAUGGACAGGACACAGAGCCUUGAGCCCACUUGCUGCCUUCCGGUGCCCAAAAAGUUUCUGUUGCUUGUAGCUGAGGUGGGCGGUGGCCUGUCUCUCUGGAAAUUCCGUUCAGGUGGCUGCCGCUUGGUACAGUGUGGGUCAACCAUAUAUCCACCUCUAGGCAUAGAGGGCGCACUCAAGAGGCUGGCUCUGGGGCCAGCGCCUGCUCACUUUGGCCCACAUUGCUUCGUAGCCUAUGGCUCAGCGGUACUUACUUUGGAUCUGCACACCUGGGCUGUCAUCCAUGUGUGCAGGGAUCUGCACAAGACUACCAUCUCAGACCUGGCAUACUGCAGGGAGGUGGAGGCUGUGGUGACAGCUUCUCGGGACAGCACAGUGAAGGUGUGGGAGGUGGACUGGCAGAUCCGGAUGGUGUUCGUGGGCCACACAGGUCCAGUGACAGCUAUAACUGUGCUCCCAAAAACCACCUUGGUGGUGUCGGCCUCACAGGAUGGGACACUGCGCACAUGGGACCUGCAGGCAGAGGCACAGGUGGGUGAGGCAGUGCUGUGCUACAGAAGCCAGGACGUGCUGUCCUGGCGUGUGAACCGCUUGUUGGCGCCUGCAGGCACUGGCUGGCCGGUGUUGUCUCUGUGUACCAGGAGUGUGGAGCUGUGGCGAGUGCGCGAACUCUACUCGCCGCUAGCUCAGCUGCCCUCGCGGGUGCUGCACCUAGAGGUGGCGCCCGUGCUGCCCGCACCUGUAGAUCCUGUGCUGCCUAUGCGCCUCGUUUGCGCAUGCGCAGAUGGUUCAAUUCACCUGAUAUCUGCUGCUUCGGGGCGAACGGUGAACACCCUACUGCUUGACCAAGAGGACAGCGCAGCUGCAGUGGUGUACUGCCUGCCGCGCGAAGCGUUGUGGCUUCUGACACAGGCUGGCCACCUGGUGCGAGUGAAUGCAGCACGCUGCCCCAUGAGUGUGCUGCACCGGAUAUGCCCACCUUCGCCCUCUACAUCGCAACCCUGCUGCCUGCACCUCUAUAGCCACCUCACUGACCCUGGCGCUGCAUUUACCUGCUGGGAGAUUGUGUGCGAACACGGGGGCGACCCGCGCCGCUGCGCUAUGGCCUGGGCCUGGAAGAACAAGAACCGUUACCUGCCUGUGAUGGGACAUACAGAUGGCAUGCUGUCAGUCCUGGACUGGCUCUCUUCGAAGACCGUCUUCCGUACAAAAGCACAUGAUCCAGGCCCGGUUACUGCCAUUGCGUCCACUUAUAACAGCAUCGUAUCAUCAGGGGGAGACAGGACUGUGAAGGUGUGGCGUGUGUUCCCCUACUCCGAAGAGAGUCUGAGCCUGCUGCGCACCUUCUCCUGCUGUCACCCAGUUGUGAGGCUCUGUGCACUGGGCAAUCGCGUAACUGUAGGCUUUGAAGAUCCAGACAGCGCCACGUAUGGCCUGGUACAGUUUGGCCUUCGUGAAGGCCAGCGCUGUGACCACCGGCCCCAGGAUGACCCAAUGGACCACAUCACUGGGCUAUGUUGCUGCCCCACACUCAAGCUGUAUGCCUGCGCCAGCCUGGACUGCACUGUGCGCAUCUGGACUGCAGAGAACCGCCUGCUGCGGCUCUUGCAGCUGGAUGGUGCCCCUCAGGCCCUGGCUUUCUGCAGUAACAGUGCAGACCUGGUGCUAGCACUGGGCUCUCGUCUCUGCCUGGUGUCCCAUAGGCUCUACCUUCCCACAUUUUACCUGGUCCAGGUGUACCAUGAGAGCAAGAACCUGCACCAAAAUGCUUCUGAUGUGGAUGACCCUCCACUGCCACUGACCAACCAAGAAUCACUGACACCUAUGCAACUGCAAAGACUCAUCAACUUGCAGGGCGUGGCCAGCCUCAGUGUGGACUUGCCCUUCAUCCAUCACCAGAUGGCAAUACCUCAGCAACCAGUGGUGCAGGAGGACUUGGAGACUCUCAAGACCAGAGAUCAAGAUCUUCAGCAAUUGAGACUAGGGCUAGUAGUCCCACUGGCUCCACCCCUACCCUCUUGGAAACAGCAUCAGGAAGCUUUUGAAAAUUAUCUAUAUCUAAUCUAUGGUCCUAGCCUGCUGGGUGUUCAGUCUGGAAAGGAUUCACAGCAGUGGAACACCUUGGCCUUACCGACACAGAGAGAAUCCCAGGAUGAGUGUGCCUUAGCCAGCGCUGCCGCCUGCUUAAGUCAGGCUACAGUCAGCAAUGAACCUCAGACAGCACGCACAACCCUAUCCCUCCAGGGCCUAGGAACUCCAGACCGGCGCUUUGCCCGCCCUCCCCGAGUUACCUUGCCUCUUGUACCCAUCCACCGGAAGGUGCACAGCAAAGCAUCCCAGCUUCUAGCCCGCUCUUCCCUAAGUCAUGACCUGGGCCUCAGUCUGGAUCUACUGUUGCACUCAGAACAAGUCCAAAGGGAGAUGACCGUAGUCCUGGAACCGCUGACCUCUCUCCUGCAGCACAGGCUCCCACUAUUGCUGCAGAGAAAGCCCAAAGAGCGCCUCUCCAACCUCAAGGGUUUCUUUCCUGCCACUACCCUGCCUUAUAAGUAUUGCCCAAGACCCAUCAGAUUCCCUGGCUUUGUGCCCAACUCUGUAGUGCUGCAGCGGAUAUGGCUGCCCAUGGAGGCCAGCUACCUUGGAUCCCUGGCCCACCUUGCCCCCCAGAACAGACUUAAGCCAGGUCCAAACAUAGAUGGCCUAUGGCUGUCACAACACAGAUGGUCUACAGGCAAGUGGCGGAAGAGACUCUUCCAGUGGCUUCACAGGCAUUCCAUGGAGGAAGAAGAAGAGGAAGAGGAAGAAGAGGAGGACAAAGAGUUGCUGGAGGCUGACUGGACUUCGUUAAGCUCAAAUCAGCAGGAGUUAGAUUCUUGGGAGCCAGUGGCUAGGAACUCCACAGACUUGAUCACAGAGCCCUUGAGCUCACCUGAGCUCCUUGGCCCGAAGUGCUACUCCCUCUGGGAAGAACACUAUAAGCAUCUGCCUAGGUUCCUGCAUUUUUUUGUUGUCCAGAACUGGUUCAAAAAGCUGCUCCCUAUCUUCAGCCUGGAGGCCUACCCGGAGAUGGGCACUGAGGAGGGCUUGGCCUCAGUGUUUGUGGACCUGCUAGCAGAGGCGACCUGGGCAGACCGUGUGCAUAUCCUGCAAGCACUGCUGAGGCUGAUGCCCCAAUUGAGUCGAGAGCUUCAGAUACGGCUACGGGGCAGUCUCUUACAGUUGCUCAACCUGGAUCCCCCUCCCAGCUUUGAGUACCCUACACAGAAGCAGUUUGUGAUACUGGCACUGCAGCUGCUCCUGGCCUGCUCCCUGGAUUCCCGUGAUGUGGUGAUAGAGCUCAUGUCCUACUUCCUCUACUCUCCAGCAUCCUACCGGCCAGAGCUCAAGAAGCUUCUGGAUAGCCUGGGCCUCCAGGAUCCACAGGGCUUUCUGUUCACUGAGAUGAUGACCUGGGCCCAGGGCUCACGCCUUGAGUCCAAAGCCAUGCUACGUACACACUGCUGCCAGAAACUGGACAACAUGAUCCAAGAGUUGAAGAUGGAAACCACACAGCAGACUACAGCAAAGAUGUCUGUGGUGCUGCCCAAGGUCUCUGAGAUCUCAGUACCUUCAUCUCCUCCCAAAGAGACUCUUUCACAGGCUUCCAUGGUCUCGGGGACACUCACAAGCAUCCCGGCACUGCAACCAAAGGCAGUUAGUCCAGAGUUCCUGGCUGAGCCCAUGCCAGUACAGGUGUAUGCCAAGCAGACCAGACGCUUUCUGUCUGAGACAUUACAGAGCUUCUGUGUGGUGCCCCAGGCCCACAUGGACCCCCUAGUGCCUCCUGCACAGCUUGAUACAUUGCUGCCACUCGAAAAGACAGACUGGUCGCGUUUGAAGAUUCUGGACCUGUGCACAAUUGAUGCACUGAAUUACUUCUGUGAGAAACAGCGGGCCCAACAGCAGAGCUUGCUGCAGGAUGCCAAGCACUCACAUGUGGCCUUGUGUCUGCCAGAGCGCAACACAGUGAUACCACCACCUCGGGAUCACAGGUACCACCCCAUCUUCCGGCUGCAGGAGGCAGCAGCCCAGAGCUCCCAGAUGAGACUGAGGGGCCGUGUCCUGUCCCGACACGCCCGAGCACUAGAUGGCACUAUCCGUGUGCUAAAGCUGCCACUGCCUCGGGUGGAGCCACAGCCCUUUCCACCCGGAUGGCCCAAGCCCACUCGUGCUCGGCCCCCAAGACUCCUGCAGCCAGCCCUGCAGCGCUACUUUCUUCCAGAGGACACGGAGCCUGACAGCUACAGCUAGCUGCUUUGGCCCAGUGCCAAUUUGGAGAGUCAUACUCUGCAACCCCAGUCUGCCUUGCAGCCCAGAAUAAAGUCCAGAGACUGGGAUUGCACUUCA